GCCAAAUGGGGAAGAUGGGCACAGUCGGGGCCGUGGCAGUGGAUAGUGAGGGAGUUGUAGCCUGUGCGACCUCCACUGGUGGGAUGCUGAACAAGAUGGAGGGUCGGGUGGGGGACACACCCUGCAUAGGUUGUGGAGGUUAUGCUGACAACAACUCAGGAGCAGUGUCCACUACAGGCCAUGGAGAAGCUAUCAUGAAAGUUGUUUUAGCCAGACUCAUCCUGUUCUACAUGGAGCAAGGUCAGUCAGCAGAGGCAGCCAGUGACUCUGCCCUGGCCUACAUGAAGUCCAGAGUGGAUGGUCUUGGUGGUGUGGUGACGGUGGACCCUCAGGGUAACUGGGUCGCUCGCUUCUCCAGCCGGCAGAUGGCGUGGGCUGCAGCCCAGAAAGACACGCUGCACUACGGCCUGUACACUGGAGAACACUUCACACAGAGCAUUGACGAGCCACACUGACACUUCACACAGUUUUCAGACUUUUUCAUUUGCACUAAUAGGAAAAAUCUACCGAAAUCAGAAAAUGAAUACUUCUUAUUUGAUUAGUUGUAUUGUGGAUGGACAGCUGUUGAUUAAAUGUACAGUCAGGUACCAGGAGAGGAGCCGUGCACAGACAGUCGAACACACAAUCUGUUUCAUUGAUUGUGUGAUAGAAACAUACUAAAAAGCCCAACUGAUUGGUUCUACUACUUGAAAUUAUCUUCAGUGAGUUAAGGCACUGAAAGCACUGUAGAGACCCCUUACGCACACAUUGCUGCAGCAGCAGGAUUCCUGAGGAGCCGACCUCUGACACCCUCAGAGUCAGGUUGACCUUUCCCACUCAGGCUUUCAUGGACUCAGAAGGCAGACAUCCAAUAACAAACAAUGUGCUGGUAAUCUGACACCACAGUGAUUGAAAAAUCAACAUCAAACUCCCUUUGUUUUUGGCCCCAGUUAAGAACAGUCGCAAAAUGUUUAAUAAAAAGCAUUUAUUGUGCUGCAACCAACGUGUCCACCCUGUGAAGAAGAGCUUUUAAAAUCUAAAGAUUGUGUCCAUACCAGGAUGUAUUUCUGAGUAAAUCAGGAGGCUGUCUGGACAAAACGUGGGGAGGAACUUGAAUAACAAAGUGUCUUAAACAUGGAUAGCAAUACAACAGUUAAUUGGUGUGCACCAAUAGGAUAGCAGAAUUCCCCAUGGAGAGGCGUGAGACAAAUCUUUAUGACAGCUCUUUGAAAGGAGCUGCUUCGUAUGACUCCAUCUCUUACAUCAUUAUUUUUUUAGGCAGAGGGAGUAAACAUUACAGUAUAAAGCUUGAGAAGCUAACAGGCUUCACCAGGUGAAGCUGAGUUUGUCUUGUAGGACUUGGUCCUGGCUGUUUCUCAUUGUAAACUGAUCGAAGGAGCUGUUGAUUUCUUCUUUUGUUUCUACUUUUUCUACGUCUAUUACUUCUUCUUCAUUAGCAAAACCAGCGUUGCAUUAUGCCAACAACUACACUGGAGUGGAUUAAAGGGGAAUGAAAAUAAUAAAGGCCGGGAAGUUUAGACACAACGGUGAACGAAUGGUUCUCAUGUACGACUCAGAUUGACCUGUGAACCCUGCAGAGCUAUUAGAUUUAAUGAUUUCACUUUUAGGACGGUAAAACGAAUUGACAUGUUGGUCUUUUUUUUAUCUGUGGUACUUGAACAAGAGCUAACAAACAAAUCUGAGCUCUGUGCUGCUAGAGAUGAAGAUUGAGUGAUGUUAGGAUGUUCAUGUAGUUAUGUAGCAGAUAUUGAAAUUUGUUUGUUUUUUUUAACUUAGUUUUUAUUCAUUUUUCCCAUCAACAACAGUACAAUAUGAAAAAUAUUUCUUUUUUUUUCCUUUUUCCAGCUGUAUAGUUACAUCUGGAUAUUAAGCCAGCAGAAAUAGAUUACAAAAGUAAGAUACAAAUCAAAAUGUCCACUCCAAAGAAUAUACAUAUACACAAUAAUACACAUAAACAAACAAGUACAUAAAUAAAUGUUCAUAAAAGUAGAGGAGAAAUGAAAAUCAUAAAUAAAAGUUGUAAUCAUAAAGAAAGAAGAAUUCACGUGUCAAAGUACAAGUGUGAAGUCAACCCCAAAAUGGUGCAUGGUCUUGGUCUGCACC